GCGCUUAUAUAAUUGGUUAUAUAAUUGGUAACCAGUAAAGGAUGUCUUUAGCGACCCGUCGCUCGAUGGGAUCAGUAAGCUGCUCUGGCAGACAUGUUAUACAGCAUAACACCUAUGCAGCAUCGCGCUGUAAAGGCACGAUCUGGCCGGCCGCGGCGACAACUUGCCGCUCACGGAUGACAACUGCAAUUAGAGGCACCCCCUCAGACGAAUUGCCAUCCGCGCCUUCGCUUUCAGAAGACUCGCCAGCGCCACCAAAUGUAAUACAAAUUGAGGAACCAAAUCGGAACAUUAAUACAAGCAACUAUCGCGCGCUAGCAGCUCUGGCAUCUGUCGGUUUGGCUGAAACAGCCUACCUUACCUACGCUAAGCUCUUCGACGCGCCCCUCGUCUGUCCCACCAAUGGCUGCGACAGCGUCCUCAACAGCCCCUACGCGCAGCUCUUCGGCCUGCCGCUGUCGCUGUUCGGAAUGCUAGCGUACGGCACUGUGGGCAUCCUCGCUGUGUCGUACAUGAUGCAACAACAACAACCAACCACACCUGCAUCAGCUACACCCUCGGCCACGUCAGCUACAGCCCGUCGGCUCACCUCGUGGGGCCUUACGGCAGGUGUAGCAGCACUUGCAACCACCAGUGCCGUACUCGUUUCGCUGCUGCACAGCCGCUUCCCCGGCUCCUCCUGCGCCUGGUGCCUGCUGUCCGCCGCCACCUCCACCGCGCUGGCGGUCACCCUGGCUACCAGCAUGAGCGGCAGGGAGUGGCGGGACAACGCCCUAGCCGGCCUUGGGGGCGCCCUGACCGCCGCAGCCCUGCUGUUCCUGGGGGGCCCGGGGGGGCCGCUGGCGGCAGCAGGGAGUGGCGGGUCGGUGCUGAUCGAUGACAACUUCUUCCUGGAAUACCAGGCCCCCACCAUCACCUCCCCCUCCUCCCCCCGCGCGCUGGCCCUCUCCCGCCGCCUGGCGGCUGCGGGCGCCCGCAUGUACGGCGCCUUCUGGUGCUCGCACUGCGCCGAGCAGAAGGAGGAGUUCGGGGUGCAGGCGGUGGAGGGGCAGGGGGACGGCGGCUUCCCGUAUGUGGAGUGCUUCCCGAAUGGGUGGAGGAGGGGUGAGCCGCUGGCCCCCGCCUGCGAGGCUGCCGGCGUGCGCAACUUCCCUACCUG